AGAUCAGAUGAGGUACAGUCUUCAGUUGACCAGUAGGGGGCCUCGGCUCCUUGCUGUGUCGUCCUCAGUCUCCUCCCCCAGAGUGUAAGAGUAGGAGUAAGUUGUCCGCUUCAGCUUCUAGUGAAACCAUGCAGUGGGCGGCAGCUCUCCCAUGAGGACAGAGAUAGGCUGCUUAAGACACUCCCCUGGCUGGGAGUGGUGCAGCCAGCCCUUAGCCCUACCCACCAGGCUGAGGAGGAGGAGGAACACGGCACUGCCCGAGCUGAUCCCUUCAAUCUUCCUCACAGUGUGGAGCAGCCGGCAGCGCACACACACACUCACACACUCUCACACAGCCACACACACUCACUCUCGCACACACACUCGCAUGCGCAACAAAGCAGGCAGACGAGGGAGGCGGGUAAUAAAGGAAAGAACAUCACAGAGGAAAAACAGCGUUGCUGCACCUGGACUUUUCGGAUACUGCAGUCUGCCUGGAGUUUGUGCCGUUUCCUGUGUGCCUCGUAACCUCAACUCUCACGUCUGGUCCUUCUUGUGGAUGGUUUGAGUCCCAUCAGCUGUGUGUGCAGAGAUCCAAAUCCGACGACUGUCUACAUUGCCGCUUUGUGCAUCCGCCAGACGGGGAACAAAGUGUGCAACUGGGAUAUCUGACAAGCUCCUCUGGGUACCAACGCUACACCGACAGUCAGAGAGAGAGAGAGAGAGAGAGAGAGAGAGAGAGAGAAAGAAUUAGCAAGAUAGAUUGAAAGAGAGAGAGUCAAAGUCAGGGCAUGAACAGGAGACUAAAAGCCAGUUUUCCAGAGAAGUGAUUGCCACAGUGCUCCCUCUUCUUCCUUCACCUCCUUCCUUCCUUCUCUCCUCUCUCCUGUGCUGCUACUCCUUCUUUCUUCUCUCACACCUUCGCUGCUAUCCCAUCCUCAUACCUAAGCUCUUCUUCCAUCACCUCCUCCUUGCCUGCUCCCGAAGACAGCGUGAAGCGGAGAGACACGGCACACAUACACUUGCCUGUGUGCCGUAUCAUUUCAUUCUCUCUCUCCAUCCUUCCUCUGGUCCAUCCCUCACACGGAUCUAGCCUCUAGCUGCGGAACCACAAGCGGAGGCUUUUUGAGUUGUUGGAUCCCACACGCGAGUCUCUGUAUCCAGCCACAGUCAGAAGGAUUCCAGCUACAUGGGCAAACGCUUGGAACAGCAACCAAUGUACCCCCAGUACACUUACUAUUACCCUCACUACCUUCAGACUAAGCAGUCAUAUGCCCCGCCCCCUCCUCCCAUGGCUCCGCCAAGCCCCAGCACCAAUAGCAGCAGCCAUAGUGCAGCGGAGCAGCUCAGUAAAACCAACCUGUACAUUCGGGGCCUUCCACCUGGCACCACUGACCAGGACCUCAUCAAACUCUGCCAACCGUAUGGAAAAAUAGUGUCAACAAAGGCAAUCCUGGACAAAAACACCAACCAGUGCAAAGGAUAUGGCUUUGUGGAUUUCGACAGUCCGGCGGCGGCACAGAAAGCUGUAGCAUCCCUGAAGGCCAGUGGUGUGCAGGCACAGAUGGCAAAGAUUUUCAAGACAAGUGAAGUAUACAAUGCUCAACAGGAGCAGGACCCCACUAACUUGUACAUCUCUAACCUCCCGGUUUCAAUGGAUGAACAAGAGCUGGAGAACAUGCUGAAGCCCUUUGGACAUGUCAUCUCCACACGGAUACUCCGAGAUGCCAACGGGGUCAGCCGGGGGGUCGGCUUUGCCAGAAUGGAGUCCACUGAGAAAUGUGACGUGGUGAUUCAACAUUUCAAUGGAAAGUUCCUCAAAACCCCACCAGGAGUGCCAGCCCCAACGGAGCCGCUGCUGUGCAAGUUUGCAGACGGAGGACAGAAGAAGAGGCAGAGUCAGAGCAAGUACCCUCAAAAUGGCAGACCGUGGCCUCGGGAAGGAGAGAGUGGCAUGGCGCUGACCUAUGAUCCCACUGCAAUGCAGAACGGGUUCUACUCCUCACCAUACAGCAUCUCCACAAACCGCAUGAUCGCUCAAACGUCAAUCACUCCAUUCAUCGCAGCCUCUCCUGUCUCCACAUAUCAGGUCCAGAGUACGUCGUGGAUGCCUCACCAACAGUACGUUAUGCAACCUACGGGUGCUGUGAUAACGCCAGCCAUGGACCACACCAUCUCCAUGCAGCCCGCUAACAUGAUGGGACCCCUCACCCAGCAGAUGAACCACCUGUCCAUGGGUACCACUGGCACUUAUAUGACUGCUGCUCCUAUGCAGGGGACCUACAUUCCCCAGUACACUGCGGUGCCUGCCUCAGCUGUCUCAGUGGAGGGAGUGGUGACGGAGGCUUCUCCACAGAGUGUUCCGCCCUCGUCGCAGGAUGCCAGCGGUCAGCAACAGCCUCUGGGUGUGGACAACACCAGCGAUCACGCGCCCACCUACACUUUUCAGCCCGCUAAAUAACCAGAGGAGGAGGGGGGCGUUGAGGUGACUGCGUUGCCUUGAGACUGGGGGACUGCAACGAGGGAACAUUGAAGACAGAGCGCAAGAGACAGGAAAACACGUUUGUGUCUACUUUUGCACAAGCAUCUAAAAAAAACAUCUACAAAAAACAAUUUAUUUAACACCUGGCCCACACCGGAGGACCUUUGGAAAACUCACAACCAGACCAGAAACGAGAGAAAUGCAGUCUGGGAGGUCGAGCCUACUGUUAAUCGGCUAUCCGAAAAACCUUACCUUCAUGAAGUGAACGAAUUCAAACAAGUACAAGUUUUCCUAUUCUUUUUUUGAAUGUGCAGGUAGGUUUUCAGAAACAGUGGGGUUUUCUAUUAGAUGAGGAAGCACGUUCUUGUAAAACUAUGAGAGAUGGCGCGAAAGAAGUCUUCCUCGGAUUCUAAGCUACUAUUACUUUUCUUUUUUUAUGAGUUAGAUUUUAGUUUUCUAGAGAAUAUCAAUGUUUUUUCAUCUUUGUUGCCUUAAUUUCAAGAAACAUCUAAGACUUUUUCCUGUUUGAGAUUGAUGAAUGCAGUGAAAAUGACCUGACAAAGAAAGGAAAUUACCUGUAUAAAGCAUAGAAAGAAAGAGAGAGGUCUCCUUGAGACGUUUUAAAUUAUCAGUGGUUACUUUGUGUUUAAAAGAGAGAACAGACAAAAAAAAAAAUAUUGUGGUCAUGAUGAUGAUUAAAGAGAGUUGCAUUUUUUAGGAACAGAUGAAAAAAAUGUUAAUCCACUGCAUCAUGGGAAAUGCAGUUUAUUGUGUAGUGCAGAUCAUUUUUAAUGGCAUUAUAUUGU